AUGGCUUUCACCGACUUCUCUAAAGUUGAAACUUUGAAGGAAUUAAACACUUUCUUGGCUGACAAGUCAUACAUUGAAGGUACUUCUGCCACUCAAGCUGAUGUUACCGUCUACAAGGCUUUCCAACAAGCUUACCCAGAAUUCGCCAGAUGGUUCAACCACAUUGCCGCCAAGGCUGACGAAUUCGACUCCUUCCCAGCUGCCACCGCUGCCGCUGCUGAAGAAGAAGAUGAUGAUGAAGUCGAUUUAUUCGGUUCCGAUGACGAAGAAGCUGAUGCUGAAGCUGAAAAAUUAAAGGCUGAAAGAAUCGCUCAAUAUAACGCCAAGAAGGCUCAAAAGCCACCAAAGGAUGCCGCUAAAUCUAUUAUCACUUUGGAUGUUAAGCCAUGGGAUGAUGAAACCGAUUUGGAAGAAAUGGUCGCCAACGUUAAGGCUAUCACUAUGGAUGGUUUGAACUGGGGUGCUCAUCAAUUCAUUCCAAUUGGUUUCGGUAUCAAGAAAUUGCAAAUUAACUGUGUUGUUGAAGAUGCUAAGGUCUCCAUGGAUGAUUUACAAGGUGCCAUCGAAGAAGAUGAAGACCAUGUUCAAUCUACCGAUGUUGCUGCUAUGCAAAAAUUAUAA